AUGACCGCCUCUGCACCAGCGUACAAGCUGUACGAGCUCGUCGCGCACGUCGACAGGCGCGAGGAGCAGACAAGCCACAGCUUCUUCGUGCUCCGGAGCAAGCUGGACCUUGCGCUCCUCGGCAUCCCGUAUGAGCGCGUCCCGCUCGCCUUUGCGCAGAUCAAGCCGACGCUCGCGGCCGCGGGGCCGGACGUGACGGUGCCUACGCUGGCCACGGGCGACGGCACGCUCGUGGUGGACAGCUUCAAGAUUGCCGAAUAUCUCGAGGACAAGCAUGCCACCAAGGACCGCUACCUCUUCGGCUCGGCCGACGCGCGGCGCUUCGCGCGCUUCGUCCAAAAGUGGGCCGACAAGGCGCUCCUCGUCGCGCUCAUCCCGCUCGUCGCGCCCCUGUUCGUCGCGCACAACGACGAGGAGUCGGAACGCUACUUUACCGAGCGCAUCUUCAACCCCGAGGCCGUGGCGCGCAUGACCGCCGACCUCAAGGACGCCGACAAGGUUAAGGCGCAGGCGGCGGCCGCGCGCCAGGUCCUGCGCGUCGUCGAGCUGUACCUCGCUGCGAGCGAGGGACGGUUCUUGCUCGGCGACGUGCCGACCCACGCGGAUAACGUCGUGGCCAGCUACUACUUCUCCAGCCAGGUCAACCCCGCGCUGAAUGCGCUCGUGUGGGAGCAUGCCGAGCUGCCCCGCGUCGCGCAGUGGAUCAAGGACUUUAAGCAGGUGACGGGGUUCACUGUUUCGUUCCCCCCUCCCCCCGCCGGCGUGGUGGCCGAUUUGUAG